UCGCGGCGGAGGCAGAAAACCAACAUCUCGGUUUUUUCUUCGUUCAAUAGAAAAUGUUUUAGUAGCUCUUGCGGUAUGGUCACAUUUCGGGAAACGCGAAAGAUGGUACAAUUUUGAUUUUGAUUACUUUACGCCACUGUAUUGUUGAAGAAUUGCUCAACCAAUUUUCGCUGUGCAAAACAUGCUCAGAAGAGAUACACUCUCCGCGGAUGUCUGCUGUUUCGGCGCUAAGGAAGGAAAGCAAGUGAAAGGAGUACAAAUGUUGAAAGAAAAAUAGUUCUUGGAAAAACAAGUGAAGUUUAUUCGGUUUUUGUAAUGUUGCCGCUGCUGUUGCCGUGGCUGGAGCGUGUGCCAUCGCCAUCCUCGCCAGAAUCAUUGCAGACGGGGGCUACUCAGCUUUCGUUCUGAUCACACAGUCAAUAAGACACGUCGGUACGCGAGAAAAGGAAGUUAUUUAUAGAACGCAUCUUCGUCUGCGAGUGUUUCUGAAACUGCGAAAGGGAAAUAGAAGAAACGCACCGCCAGCCGUCUCAAUUUGUGGAGUAGACAUUUUAUCACCUUUCUCCUCCUUUGGCUGGGAUUAGGAACGAAAACACAAAGGAAACACCAGCAGCAUACGUGACGUCAUGUUACAACACUUCGCGUGAAAUACAAAAAGAUUCAGCAAUGAUGCGAAACAAUGUGAGCCCAUCCCGGUGAAAAUGUGAAUAUUUUCACCAAAACGCGAACGAUGUGAAGAUGUGAGGAAACAUUUUGUUCAGCCAAUGUCGUGAGGAAAAGUGUAACUAGUGGGUGGAAAGUGCAAUAUUGUAACCAAGCUCUAGUCAUCAUCGUCAAUUUUCGCGACGACACAGUAAGAAGCACAGUAAGAAGAGAGAUAUAUACAAAUGUUUAUUUAGUUCUAAGAGAAAGAAGAGAAGUUGUGCAACGCUGCAAAAUUCUCACUCAAGGGAUGGAUGGUUAUAUGCAUACUUUGCUUGUUCAUUUGUGUUGUGUGAAACAGAAAAGUCAUUUGCCACAGUGCCAUAAAUAAUAGUGUUGGAGAGUUUUAUUGCCUACCCACCUUUGCAAAAUUGUGGCAAUAGAGAUAGCAUUUCAUGUGACAAAGAAGCAGUCUGCCGACUGCAUGCGUAAGGACUGUUAUGAAACGGAUUAUUUCAAUGUUUCAUCGAAGCACAUGUGGAUUAAUUUAUGCUAAUUAGUGUCAAUCGAAUUUUGCCGUGUGGUUUAGUGUUGUUGAUGGCAGAAACAUGCCAAACACAAACGAAAAUUCACAUUCCGGCUCGACCGGUGAUGAUCUUGGUAGUACGGAUGAGGUGAAAGUGUUCAAAGACGAAGGCGACCGCGAGGACGAGAAGGCCUCGUCGGAGAAUCUGCUGGAGGAAAAGUUCAACCUAAUCGACCUAACGGAGAGUGCUGAAAAUUUGGUGAAAAAUUCCUCCCGCCAGGAUCUUAGUCCGCCGUAUGCAGGGGGAGGCAGCGGUGGGAGUAGUGCGGGUAAACUCAAUUCACCUGAUCACUCGCCCGGAUUCAACAUGGGUUACCUGCCGCCUUAUCAGUAUUCCAGUGGCACUGCUAGUGCAAUACAGGGUUCUAUGAGCAAAAUGGGUCUAUCGCAGUUUUUCUGCAACGACGAUCCUCUCUCCAAUCCUCCACCAGCCCACUGUGGAAUCAUUCCUUACCAACUUGAUUCCAAAGCGAUCGGUCUCUCCGCACGACAAUCGCUGUAUUCCUUCUCCACGAGCCAAUACCCUUAUCCCAUAUUAUCCUCCAAUAUGUUACCGGUCCCCCCGUCAUGGCACACACCAUCAAUGUAUUCCACAGCUCCCAGUUUCCGAAACUCCUACCCAUCCCUGCAAAUCUACACUACCCUAGCUAGUGACCUCUACUCACGCUAUCAAUCCUCGUCGUUGCUGAACUCUGUACACCCACACAACGUGUUGAGUCAGGUGAAGCAGGAAGCGUCCGCCUCCCAUGAAAUUUCCCACAAUUACAGCGUACGACAGGGUCUCACAGGCCACAAAUCCUCCGAUCUCCCGCAAGAGCUUACGAACCGUUACGCUCGGCCUUCGAACAGCAGUAGUAUCGGUGGAAGCAGCAGUGGCUCCAGCAGUAGCGGCACCAAGAAGAAAUGUUCUGCCACCCAGCAACAGCAACAGAACCUCAAACCACAUAUCAAAAAACCAUUGAAUGCAUUUAUGCUCUACAUGAAGGAGAUGCGGGCGAAAGUUGUAGCCGAGUGUACCCUGAAGGAGUCGGCAGCCAUCAACCAGAUCCUGGGCCGGAAGUGGCACUCACUUUCGAGGGAGGAACAGAGCGUGUACUACGACAAGGCGCGUCAGGAGCGACAAUUACACAUGGAAAUGUAUCCCGGCUGGACCGCGCGAGACAACUACGGAUAUGGUACAAAGAAGAAGCGGAAAGCGAAAAAGAAGGAUACGCUUGGGACGGAAACAGCGAGCAGGCGAAAGAAAAUUUGUAUACGAACCGAUGAAUCUGACAAUUACGAUGGCUCGCGUAUGUCGGAUGAAUACAUGAGCAAUUACGGCACCGUGGUGUAAUAUUGAUGGGCGCAACCGCCUACAAGACUUAAACACAACCCAAACCAAACUAUUUCUUCGCGAUACGUCUGAAUCAUGUUAUGUCAAAAUUAUGGGUUCUAGUAAUGACAACUGUUCAACGCGCGGUAGAUUGUGAAUCGUUAUGCUAAUUUUAAUUUAUUUAUUGUAAAGUUUGAUUUCCGGAAGCCCGAACUGUCAUAAUUCUGUGUAUACUAAUGAAGCGGUCCUGCAAGCUUUAAAAUAUUUCUGUUAUAAGAAAUGAUUCUCCCACGAGUUUCCUAGCAAGCGAAGAUCCGUUAUUGUACUUAACACUAUUGUUUACUCGUCUAGACCGUACUAAAUCGACACUAUUCAAAUGGUAGAAGCCGCAAACCGACACAACAAAUACACGUUGCGUAACAUGAGAACAGCGAUUUUUCUCGGUGUUUCGAGCAAAGGUGACGAAUUACUUAGUAGGUAAAAAAAGAUAACAAUCUGUGGUGUUUUUAAAGUGAAACCAGUGACGAUGAAAUGAGAAUGAUAAGAAUGAGUAUGCAAUGUCUUUAAGAGUAAAUUUAGUAAAGAAACCAAAAAAGGAUAUAGAUAUAGGUAUAUUGAGUAUUUAGAGGGUAACCAUGUAAUUAAAGUGUAAGUAAAUGUUUGUAGUUUCUGAUAUAAAAAAACGAAGGUACAGCAAUAAUGGUAUCAUUUAUGGUAAUGAUAAUCAUUGCUACAAUGACAAUUAGUUAGAAAGAAGAAAACGAGUAAAAUGAAACAGGGAACGAAACAGGACACUGGCAUUGUUCGCUAGCAGUUUUGGAUGGCAAUCCAUUUCCGCUGAAACAAUUAGGAUUUCGAUUAGAGGGAAAGAAAACCGAACACAAGUUAAAAUAAAUCGCACACGUGAUGUGGGAAGUAGGAGGCAUGUAAUAUUCGUUUGACUUAAUUUCUGGGAAGUUAGUAAUCUCCCUUCACCAACGAGCUUAUAGGAAAAAUAUGGUACUACUUGGGCGGAAAUGAAUUGUUAUUUUAUCACUCUUGAACGUAUUUAGGUUUAGGAUAUGCACGUAAAUUUCUCGGGUGGUGAAGAUCGCUUCGCAUAUUGUUCGAAUCCACCCCAUCUCUCGAAGCCAUCAACCAGAAACCAUCAUUAGGAGAAGUGCUCAUUUUGCCGCUGCUGCCUCUGCCAGAGAAAACGGUUUGAUUAAGAUGUUGUGAUGAAAUGAAAUCUUUUAAGUCUGUUCCAGGUCGUAGAGCAUUUUGGUUUGGGAUGCUCAAGUGAGCAACAGUUUCUGCCGAUACAUUCAGAAUGUAAUAAACAGAAAGCACGGGAGCACCCCCACCGGAUGACGAGAACCGUUUUCGAACCCCUGUCAGCGACUAUCGCCAAAAUGAUUAUUAAUACACGUUGAUGGGGGGGAGAACGGACGGAGCCUUCCAGCGGGAAGUAGAAAAAAAUCAGCAGUAAUCACGCUUGAAGGAUAUAAUUUGCUUUAAAUCGGAUCGAAAUUUCCUAUUUGCGUUCCCCUCACAUUGUUACGCGUUUCCUCACUUCUCUGCCAACCACACUCUCCCUUUAUAAUUUGAGCUCGAUAAUCCUGAUAACCUUCAGAAACAGAAGCGGAAACAUAUUGACGGCCGUCAGCACUGCCGUCGUUGUCGUCGUCCUCGUCGACGUCGUGAGCAAAAUUCUCUAAUUACUGAGAAAAAGGGAAUCCCUCUGUUCCCGCAGUGAUGGGUUUUGUUUUCUUAUUGCCACAAGGAUGCUUUCCCUGACGAUGGCUUGCUCUCCUAUCGUUGCUGUUAUUGCUUCAGCGGUGAACCCAUACCCUGCCACGGUGGAAAGGGGCAACAAGAAAUCGCUUCAUGUGUUUUGAAUGAAUAAUUUUAAUCUUCUAAAUUAGAAUUGAGGGGAAGAAUCCCCUCCGGCUGCUGCUGCUGCUGCUUCCAUUGCAACAGUACUGCUGGCUGCAUGAGCGAUGAUACUCGUCGUAGAUGUUGCUGCUUCUUAUGUGGCAAUAUCUGGUCCAUGCAUGGCGUUUCCGAGAGUUGUGUGUAAUGAACGAAUGAAACAGACAGAAAUGGUAUUUUUAUUCACAGUUCGUUGGCCGCACAGUGGGUUGCGCUGGUUGAAGUUUUCUGCUUCAGCAUCUUUAUCGGAAAAACGUCAUUUGCAAAUUUUCAACUGAACUGACCAGGGGCUUUCCACAU